CACAGCUCUGUGGAAAUGUGGACAAGCGGCUUUUACACGACAAAUUGUGAUUGUUUUAACACUUUUAUUUCGUGUACAAAUUUAUAGUCAUGUCUCAUUAGCUUUUAAUCCAUAUUAGUGUUUAUUUGGGAGUCACAUUCGCGCGUAAACAACCGUGUCUUUCCACACAGAGCUGCGCGAGCGGACGUGAGAGCUGAGAAGAAGUUGAGCUGGCAGAUCCGGGUAGAGGGGCUGAGCAUGGCUGAAUCUGACGAGGAGUGCAGCAGCAAUGACAGCCAGCAGAGAAAGAAGCCGCCUUGGCUUCAUUUGGAUAUUCCCACCACACAAGGCCCGAUUGAGGAUCACAACAUCUUUCUACAGCCAUGGGCACAGAACAGUCUUUUCCUGCGCAGUGCCAGUGUGCCCACAGAGAACUUUCAGCUCAGAUUUCUGCCGGUGGACCCCUAUGCCUCACGCAGACCAUCAGUACUGUGUAAACCUUCCCUCACACAGACCAUCAAGAGGGGAACAGCAGACUGGUUUGGGGUAAGCAGGGAUGCAGACGCCAGUCUGAAAUGGCAGAGGAAGUAUCUACGCCAUUGCAAUCAGCGCUAUGGCAAGCUGAAACCUCAGGUGAUCCGAGAGAUGGACCUGCCCAGCCAGGACAACAUCUCCAUAACCAGCACAGAGACUCCACCGCCACUAUACGUUCCUCCAGCAAAGCAUGGCAUGCAGAAGAUAGUGGAUCCAUUGGCUCGAGGUCGAGCCUUUCGUAACCUAGACGAGGUGGAAGCUUUCAGUCAACCUUCCAUCACCCCGGGCGCCAUCUCUCUAUGCUCGCUUACCAGCUCUCGCUCUGGCUUAAACCGGCCACCACACAGGCGCAGGAGAGAGUCAGUCGCCAAGAUGGGCUUCAGAGCAGCUGCAGCUUUGGUGAAGGGACGCUCCUUAAAAGAGGGCACAAUUAAUCGCAUACACAAACGCAGCUUUGCUUUGAACAGCUACAUUGAAGAUGACACCGUGGACUUCCUUGAUGAGCUGGACACCUCCUUCUUUACAAGGGAUGGACUGAUACAAGAGGAACUAUCCACAUAUGUAGAUGACGUGUUCGAGUCGCCAUCUGAGGCUGCCUUUCAUGAAAAUGAUGCCAGCAAACUGCCCGAUGAGAUGGGUCUGACUGGCAGUGCCUUGGGAAAGCCUGAGUUAGAGAGGAGUCACUUUAUGCUACCAUUAGACCGGGGGUGGAGGAAAGGAAAGGAGGGCACUUCAGUCCAGCCUAAAGUACGCUUACGACAGGAGGUGGUGAGUGUGAGUGGCCAGAGACGAGGUCAGCGAAUCGCAGUGCCAGUGAAGAAGCUCUUCUCUCGUGAGAAACGCCCGUAUGGCUUGGGCAUUGUGGGCAGGCUGACCAACCGCACAUACCGCAAACGCAUUGACAGCUAUGUGAAGAGACAGAUAGAAGACAUGAACGACAACAGGCCUUUCUUUACAUACUGGAUAACAUUCGUCCACUUGCUCAUUACUAUUCUAUCAGUUUCUAUCUAUGGCAUUGCACCCAUUGGCUUCUCCCAGCAUGAGACUGUAGAUUCUGUUUUAAGAACUAAAGGCGUUUAUGAGAAUGCCAAGUUUGUGCAGCAAGAGAACUUUUGGGUUGGACCAAACUCAGUGGCGCUGAUUCACUUGGGAGCCAAGUUCUCUCCCUGUAUGCGCCAGGACCAGCAGGUGCAUGAUCUAAUCCAGGAGAAGAGGGAGAAGGAGCGGCACACAGCCUGCUGUGUCCGCAAUGACCAAUCUGGCUGUGUGCAGACCACUCAGGAGGAGUGUUCAAGUACAUUGGCCCUAUGGGUUAAGUGGCCUCAGCACUCAAGUGUUCUAUAUGUAGAUGGAAAAUUACGCACCUACGGUUCAGUUUGCCACCAGGACCCCAGGACUUGUCUGGAGCCAGCCUCUGUCCCACCUCAUGAGUGGCCUGAUGACAUCACUAAGUGGCCAAUUUGCACCAAGUACAGCAGCAGAAACCACACAAACCUGCCACACAUUGACUGUGUGAUUACAGGCAGGCCGUGUUGCAUUGGAACUAAAGGAAGGUGUGAAAUCACAUCCAGAGAAUACUGUGACUUUAUGAUGGGUUAUUUCCAUGAAGAGGCGACACUUUGCUCUCAGGUGCACUGCAUGGAUGACGUGUGUGGCCUGCUGCCUUUUCUCAACCCAGAGGUCCCAGACCAGUUCUAUCGCCUGUGGCUAUCCCUCUUUCUACAUGCUGGGAUUCUGCACUGCCUGGUGUCUGUGUGCUUCCAGAUGACCAUCCUGAGGGAUUUGGAGAAGCUAGCAGGCUGGCUGCGAAUUUCCAUCAUUUACAUCCUCAGUGGCGUCACAGGCAACUUGGCGAGCGCUAUAUUUAUCCCGUACAGAGCUGAGGUGGGUCCAGCCGGCUCUCAGUUCGGCAUCCUCGCCUGCCUGUUCGUAGAGCUGUUCCAGAGCUGGCAGAUCCUGACGCGACCGUGGCGUGCCUUCAUCAAGCUGCUCUGCGUGGUUCUCUUUCUUUUUGCCUUUGGCCUGUUACCGUGGAUCGACAACUUCGCCCACAUCUGUGGCUUCAUCUCAGGCUUUUUUCUAUCCUUCGCCUUCCUGCCGUACAUCAGCUUUGGGCGUGUUGACAUGUACCGCAAGCGCUGCCAGAUACUAGUGUCGCUGGCACUUUUUCUGGGAAUCUUUUCCAGUUUGGUGGUGCUUUUUUACAUCUAUCCAGUCAAGUGUGAGUGGUGUGAGCUGCUUACCUGCAUCCCUCUUACGGACAAGUUCUGUGAAAAAUAUGACCUCAAUGCUCACCUCCACUAAGGCCUUACGGAAGAAACAAAAAACAGGAAAGACGUGGAUGUUUGGGAUACUUGACAGUGCUGUUCCUAAUACUCUAGAUUUAUAUACUAGUGGCUUUGACUGACAACAAGAUAUCCAUCAUUAUGUUUUACAUGCAAUCAUUUAAGUUCUUUUUUUUUGAUAGACUUUUUUUGACAGACUAAAUCCCCUCAGUGCCUUGUAGACCAAUGCUUACUGCUGCCAUAGCUAUGCUCUGUCGUCCCUAACCGGUAAUUGUAUGCUACUACUUAUGUAGUACACGUUUGGUAGUGUUUUAGCUACCAGCUUAUUUGAAAUACACAAUACAAUGAGGAAAGAAUUUAAA